AAGCCAGCACUGUCUUCUGCAGCUUGUUUGCCGCCUUGAGAUCCUGCAGGACUGGGCUUGGGGGAUGGCAAAGGACGGAGGGGCUCAAGGAGAGAUCCAGUUCCCUGGUACCAAUCUCUCUCUGCCUGCCCUGCCGGGCUUGGAAUACCUUGACCCAGGAGGCUCUGGGUUGUGGGUACCGGUCCUGGGAGUUGAGAUGGAUUGGACCUCGGGAAGGCUGGUGCCACUGGCAGGGACCAUGGAAGAUGUUGACGGCAAAGGACUCGUUCCAAUGCGAAUCGGUGCCCGGACUGUGGACCCGGUGACAGGCAUCACAGGGUCGGUGGUGGGGGCCCGCUUAGACCCGCUGAGGAAGAUCGUGGUUCCUGUAAUUGUGCCCAACGGCCUGACUGAAGGAGAGGCUACAGACACAGGACUGCUGGAUAUUCUGCAGAGGGAAUGCUCUUUGAGGGGCAGGUUCUGGAGACAGCAGAGGAGGAAGGAAGAAGAGUUACUGAGAAACCUAGACAGAGUGCUACGUCACUGCUUCCAGAGCACCGUCCACGGCACUGGUCAGAGUGCUGCCCUCAGCAUCACUCGCAGUACCACCCAGAGCGGCACCACCCAGACCUCUACUGCGCAUGUGCAGGGCACACCUGUGCAGAGAUCCACUGUUCAGAUGCACUGGCAGGACAGGGAGGAGCAGCUGAGGACUGGUGCAGCAGUGCUAGCCCAGGAGGCCCAAGCCGAGGCCCAGAGGAGAACAAGGGCACGAUCGCACCUUUCUCUCCUGCUGCCGCACCACGUGCUCCUUAUCCUGACAGGAGGGGAUGAGGAGCAGUACGAGCAGCAGGGCUGGUGGCAGGCGGAGCUGACAGCUGGACUGGACAGGGUGAGCGUGGGUGUGAACAGACUGCAGCAGGAGCAGGACAGACGGAUGGCGAUGCCGCACCAGGGCUGUACUUUGAAGCUCAGGGAGUUGUGGGAGCAGCUGAUCUCCAGGCAGGCAGAGCUGGAGACUGCUCUUACCAGGCAGCACUGUGUCCGUGAGCACUGCCAACUCCGCAUGGACACAGCACAGGCUUUUUUGCUUGGCACCUUUUGGUACAAAGACUUUAGACUGACCCAAAUUAUUGGCCACACAAAGCUCAGGCGAGGGGAGGCUGUGAUCCUUCCUUUGCUGCAGAAGCUCCUUUACCUGCUGGAGGAACAGAAACAGGGGAGCCACGGGAGGCCAGGAGCUUUUACCGGAGAUCUGAUGGAGGCAACCAAGACUCAAGAGCCUGAGCAAGGAUCUUCCGCCACACUAGACCCCUGGACAAACCCACCCUCUGUCCUCCGAGGGAAAGAUUCCCAUCCUUUUAAGGAACCCAUAUGCAUUUGUGUUCCUGCAUUAACAGUGCAGGACUGGGAUCGACUGCUGGAACUUUCUCCGUUGUUCCAUCAGCUCAAACAGGUGGAGGAGCAGCUGAGGGACAGAGCCCGGCAGGGGGGGCUGCUGGCGGAACAUCUGCCUGAUAGGGGGUGUCCUUUUGUAGAUGUAUUGGAUGCUCAGUGGGAGUGUGAGGGGGAGCUGGUGCCACUAAGUCCGGACUCCCUGAAUCCUCGUGAGUUCUUGGUGUACCAGCAUGGGUUGUUUCUCUUGCGCACCCUCCACUCACAUGCUGAGAUUCCAGCUGUCACACUGCAAGUGGCCAGCAGCCUUCCCUUUAACAACUACCAUCACAAUGCCUUCCGCAAUUCCUUCUUCUAUCAGGAAGCAGAGAAGAACCUGUUUGUGCGUCGCCAGCGGUUAUGGUCUGAGGGAGGUUUCUCGCUGCUGCUCCUCCAUUGUGUGUCUCACAUUGCUGUGGGAAACUUGUGCACUGACAACACUGACUUUCAAAGGGUCUUCUUCCAGGUGUUGCAGCUGUGCCUCAGUGAAUACUUCCUGAUCAGACUUGGUGCCCCAUUAGAUCCUCGAGCAGAUGCACUAUGGGAUGCUGCGCAGAAUCCAGACCAGUGUACCCAGUCAGCCCUGCUCCCCUUGCUGGUGGAGAGGGUGCAGAAGCCAGCUCAUGGUCCUUUCUCCAGAGAACCUUCUGGACAGCAGGUGCUGAAGCAGCUUCAGAGACACCGGGAGACUUCUGGCCUGUGGCAUCUGGAGAACUUGCUGAGAGAGACGAGAUCAGAAGUCAGAAAAGGGUGGCAGAAGCCUCUCUCAUAAACACUAUGGAUCUCUGGAGCUCAAACAGAGUGACCAUCGGGUUCUUGGACACCCCUCUUGCCAAUGUUCUUCUCCCCCUAUUCCUCAGUUUGGCUGAGCAGCAAGGUCUAGGAAGAGUCAUUGUGGUCGUUCCAAACUUCUUCCAUUUAACAAUAGGAUUCUACCGUGCUCUUGGAAACCUUCAAUGCUGCAGAUUUUUUUUUUUUUCAGCCUUCCUUAGAUCUGUACCUCAACAUAAUCCUGACGCUAAGCUCUGCAGGCAGCUCCUUUGACCUCAUGGCUUGGUUUUUUGCUCUGAGACACAUUGUCAGCUGUGGGACCUUAUAUAGACAGGUGUGUGCCUUUCAAAUCAUGCCCAGUCCAUUGCCUUCACCACAGGUGGACUCCAAGCAAGGUGCAGAAACAUCUCAAAGAUUAUCAAUACAAAUGAGAUGCACCUGAGCGAAAUUUCAAGUGUUACACCUAACGGUCUGAAUAUUUUUGUUGACGUAAUAUUUCAGAUAUUCCACUAACAACCUAAAUGUUGUGCAACAGUUAUCUUAGUGACACAUUCUAUUGCUAAUGUUCACAUUGACUUUCUGUUAGAAGGCAAACAAAACUUGUUGAAUUAGUCAAGUGCUGGCAAGCCAAGCCAGCUACACAAGAGAAGAGCAGCAAUUUAUUGUAAUGUGUUUUUUUGGAUGCAAAGCUCAAGUACACCAAAACUGACAUUCACUCGUACACAAUAAAGAACA